UACUUUACACCACUGCCUACCAGUACUCCUUGAUAAAUACAUAACUGAGUAGCAGUGUAGGUUGAUAGUGUGCUUUAGAGGGAAGACAUACAAACAUGAACAUCAACCGUGCGCGGGUGGUCAUCCUUUCUCCUCUGACCACAGAACAUCGGCCUGCAUUUUCUAUUCAUUUCCCAGCGAUUCUACAUGUUGAUUAAACUCAAAAUAUGCUAUUCUGUUAUUUUGAAAUACAUUUUAUUAGCAUAAUAAUGUUUCUUACUUUAUGAUGGUGUAGGCCUAUAUUUAAAUUGAAUCAUAAGAUGCUCCAAGGGUGUGGCUAUUGAACUUGUUUAGGCCUGGCUAUUCUAGUGUUAAUUGGUUCUUUAGCCAUGACUGGGAAUGAAGAGGGGAUUUCUCUUGGAGAGGUGAACACGUGUGUGUGUGUGUGUGUGUGUGGUCUCUUCAUUCACUAUUUGACAAUUGAUUGUCACCCCUCAGACUAUUAUUAAGGUAAUCUUGUCUAUAGAUAACAUCUGUUAUUAAAUGUGUGAAAUUUGUUUAGGUUUAGUUUCGAUGGGCCAUUAUCAGCUGGGCAGGCAACUGACGUCCUCCUAAAAAUGCCUAACACAUUCUGUUUGUUAUCGAAAUUCUUACAAUGUCAGUGUGUUAAAUAGACUUAUUUAGGAAAAGUCCAGGACUGGGGGGAGAUAUGACUUAAAAAAUGGCAGAGAAAUUACAUUUUUAAAAUGGCAUGAAGUUCAGAAGACGUUGGUGGGUCUAGGAUGAAUUAGUCUGUUCAUGACUCAAUGCUAUAAGCAAUAACACCUUUAUAACUUUUCCCUGGUAAGCCAUUUCCUUGUCUGGGUGGGUGUGUCCAUUUAAACUACCCAACCCUAAUAGGAAGGGCAUUUUUCUUUGUGUGUGUAAGAGAGACCGACAGAGACACUAGGGACUGUGUAGUGAUGGACUAUAGAGAGAAUCCACACCCUUAAUAUAUCUGGUAUGACAAAGAGCAGUCUUUGACAGGCACUUGUUGUAGGAUGGCUCUUUUUUUAUUUUAUUUAACAAAAUAUUUGUUUACAAUUUAACUCUUCUAAAAUGUGUAUUUGAAUACAAUGCUUACAUUUUAUUUUUAUUUUUUUCAACAUAGCAGUAUGUGGUAGUUGAAGGUAUUUAGCUCUUACUGUAUUUAGGUUGACCUACCUGGGGAAAAUCCACUUGAACAUUGUUCUAUAUCAUAACACAGCUAGCCAAUGAGAGGGUAGUCUUCCCUUAAAGGGGCAGGUCUGUAGUGGUUGUGGGUGUUACUUGUGGUGAUGUCAUCUUUCAGGUCAGUCUUAAGAUGAGUGAGCGGUUUGGAUGACUGGCAGAAUAGAGAUUUAACUUUUAGACGUUGUUGUGUGGACAGCAAUUCAAGAAUUAGUGACUAGUUUGGCUUUCCUGGUGUUUUGAUGAGGGGGAGAGAUUGAAGACAGCUCAUGGGAAGACUACAGAGCAGAAUGAAUUGUUUUGCUUUAGAUUGUGGAAUCGGUAGACUGAAGAGCAGGUAGCAAGGCAAAACCUGGCAGUUAGUGCCUUCCACUCAUCUCUGCUAGAAGAAGCCUCAUCACAUGCAAGCAGACAUGAAAUUCAACCAGUGUGUGCAACAGCAAGCUCUGGAGAACAGCAACAACAAAGUGUGGAAAUGGCACAUUCAGGACCCAGCCAGUCAGAGGCUGACGUGGAACAAGCCUCCCAAAAGUGUCCUUGUCGUCAAGAAGAUCCAGGAUGCCAGUCUACUGCAGCCUUUCAAAGAGCUGUGUGUUUUUCUCACAGAGAAAAACAUGAUUGUUUAUGUGGAGAGCAAGGUUCUGGCGGACACAGCCAUUGCGGGCGAUGAGAGCUUUGGGGCCGUCAUCCAGAAGUUCUGUACCUUCAGAGAAGAUCUCGAUGACAUUUCCAAUCGAGUGGAUUUCAUCAUCUGUCUUGGUGGAGAUGGGACCUUACUUUACGCAUCGUCACUCUUCCAGGAGAGCGUUCCACCUGUUAUGGCCUUCCACCUGGGUUCUCUGGGCUUCCUCACACCUUUCAAAUUUGACACAUACCAGUCUCAGGUCACCCAAAUCAUUGAGGGUAACACCGCCAUCAUCCUGCGCAGUCGCCUGCGGGUGAGAGUGGUGAAGAAGGGCAUCAUCAUGACGAACGGUGACAGUGAGGGCAGCCGCAAAUCCAUGCAGUACCAGGUGCUAAAUGAGGUGGUGGUGGACAGAGGCCCAUCGUCCUACCUUUCCAACGUGGACCUCUUCCUAGACGGACACCUCAUCACCACGGUACAGGGAGACGGUGUGAUAGUGUCCACUCCCACGGGCAGCACGGCGUACGCGGUGGCGGCCGGAGCCUCCAUGAUCCACCCCAACGUGCCGGCCAUCAUGAUCACCCCCAUCUGCCCCCACUCAUUGUCCUUCAGACCCAUCGUAGUGCCUGCUGGGGUGGAACUCAAGAUCAUGCUGUCACGUGACGCCAGAAAUACGGCCUGGGUGUCAUUUGACGGGAGGAAGAGACAAGAGAUCUGCCAUGGAGACAGCAUUACCAUCACUACUUCCUGCUUCCCUGUUCCCUCCAUCUGUUUCCGGGACCCCGUGAACGACUGGUUUGAGAGCCUGAGCCAAUGUUUACACUGGAAUGUGAGGAAGAAGCAGAACUACCUCAGCUCAGAGGAGGAAGAAUUCUGAGGCCAACAAACUCGCCUCCUGGUGACGCUAUGUUGACCCUUUGGGUGCGUUCCAGAUAUACAGAUUCUGCACAGUUCACUGAUGAAAUCCGAUCUUUAUAAUACCUGGACAAGUGUUUUAACAUACUAGGAUACGACGUCAACAUGAUAUUUUGAUAUCCUAUAUCUGGAAUGCACCCAUUGACUUCAGUUGGAUUCCAUCGGGUAAAUUUGCAACUAAUAUCCUCCAGAGAUGGUUUGCAUUAUUUUGUUUUGGUUCUAGAAUGAAUCAUCCCUUACUGUUAAGAAUUUCACGCCCUUUGAAAAAGAUUGUCGAAAUUGCCUUUUUAUGCCAACAGAUAGUCUCACGGGUUAACUUAAACCUGGAUUGUUUUCAGUCAGACAAAGUAAUACUGAGCUAGGGAUCAAAACCAUGAUAUCAAUCCUCCUGAUAAUGAUUGUUAAAGUUGGCCCAUGAGAUAUAAUGUGGUCUGUUUUAGCACUUUGUCUAUUGUUUCGUGGCGUCUUACAGGCUAUCAGGGACAAACCUCGGCUCCUCUUAAACCAUGAACGUUGUUUUGUUUAGCUUGAGCGACGUGAAUGCUAAGGGGCUGCCAAGAUCCUCAACAUAGAAAACAGAUGUCGUGACUAUUGUCAGUGGGGUUGUUCAUCAAGAACCAAUGUUCUUGGAGAUAAUGGAGAUAAGGAAUUAAAUGUAUUUGUUUUUUAUACAAUCCCUAACAGAAAAUUAGGUAUUAUUAUUAUUAUUAUUACUACUUCAGGAAAAGCAGAAUAAUUGCGUCUACUCUGCAAUAAUGAACUAAAUGUGUAGAUUGUGCCUUCAACUCAUAACUAUUACAUAGAUAAUUGCUUAUUAAGGUUUACAUAACUUUAAUUUUCUUAAUCGUAUUUACAGCUUAGUGCAAGUGUAGCAUAAUCAUAUCUUCAGUAUUCCUCUCUCUGCAGUUUGUCUGCAGUGCAAGCCAUUUGAGAAGCUUCAGUACAUGUUCAUCUUACGUUAACUACUCUGUCUACAACAACGUUGUAGUGUCUGACCAUGUAAAAUGCCAGAACAGUAUGGAACAAACGUUAAGAACUAAAGUCCAUUCCAGGUGAGAUGAGACCACAACUUGAUUGUAUUCAUUGCCUUUCACUGUAAAGCCAUAGAUCUACUAUGUCAUUCAUUUCAAGGUAAUUCCGUUGUUCACAACGAAGGGAGUUGUGAUUCUACAGGGUUUUACCACCCAAGACAGGGGUAGGGCAACCCUGGUCCCGGAGUGCCGUGGAUACCUCAGGUUUUUAUAGUUUACGUAUUUAUAUUUGCUUUAGACUUGAGAGGACAGGUAGAUGGAAUUUAGCCCAUCAAUGAUAUUGAAUAAUUGGCUCAGUUGGCGAGGUGAUGAGUCUGGUGUGGUGCCUGGAUGGACCUAAACCCUGCUGUGCCUGUGGCACUCCAGGACCAGGGUUGUCCGCCCCUGACCUAUGGUGUCAGACUUAUUGCAGUAUGAUGAGAGAUUGAAGGCAUUCCUAUACCAGUUGUAGGUGUUGGCCUACCGUACCAAAUGAGAAUAAUUCUCACCCCCUCUGACGGACCAGCUCUGAAAUAUCGACUUGAUAAUAUAAUAAAAUAUGAUAUGAUGGUUUGAGGGUUUUUCUUCUUUCCUAAUUGGCUUUUCGGGGGGUGGUAAAAGAUACGAUGUGAUACAAUUGACAUGUUUUUCAUAUAACAUUUUUAUCAAGGAGUUAUAAUAUAAUAUUUAACUAUCAGAUAGAUGUUCAUUUUAGAGACAACUAAUUAUAGUUUAUAUGAAUUUAAUACAUUAUGAAUUUGCGUGUUAAAUGUACUUGUUCGAUGGGCAAGUGACGUUUUCCCCAAUGGAAAAAGUGGUUUAAGCUCUGGAUACCAGUGCACCACACUCUGCAAGAGGACCAGCUCACUCUUAACUAGUCAAUCAAUCAUUCCUUUAUUUUCUCAUUUAUGAUGCUUCAAUAAGAUGUUUUUUUAUAUAGCCUAUAUGUUUAUUAACCAGUUUGCACUGUAUCAUUGCUGAAAUAUAAAUCUCUUUGGUACUUUUUCUAUAUUGAUAUCGUCUUAAGGCUUCAGUGCAGGUUAGUUUCACAAUCUAUUCUCUUAAAGUAGAAAAAUAUUAAUUUCCUCUAACAAUUGAGUUUGGAGUGGAGUCUGUUCAUCAAGAUUGAAUGACAGUCCCUUCAGUUGUUAGGGGAUAUCGUUUUAUAAGAGCAAACAUUUGAAAGAAAUGUGUUUGUCUUUAUUUGCUACUAUACUUCUCGUUUUUCAGUUAGUACAGUGUAUCCUCUACUGAAGUAAUGGCAGUCGUGGACUUUGCCUUACAAACCAGCCGAUAGAUAACGAAAGAACCAAGAUUUUUACACUGAAAUCAUUUAAGCUUCCCCAAUGUGAUACCUUUAUGGUUCCUUUUGGAUGAAGGACCUUAUUCCUAUGAUGCUUUCUAUGUCAAGUCUAAUCUUCAAGUGCUUCUCACUUUGUUUUGUAGACUUCUACAUCUCUGUGGUCCUAUAACUCUUUUGUAAUGGUACGUUUUGUAAAUAUUGUUUCUGAAAUGAAUUCUGCUAUUUUUCCAGAGCACUUUAAUAAACAGAGAGCCAAUGAA